AUGGAGUCGCCUCACAGCCCGGAGCGCGACGCCGUCCAUGCCAGCCGCGUCCAGCAGUCCUUGGCUGAGCUCCAGCAAAAGGUCAGGGAGCACGAGCGAGUGUUGAAGCAGCUGCGUGCCUCGCCCCCUAACGGGCAGCCUACAGCCCGUCCAGAAGCUCCCCUGGAGAUCAUGACUACGGUUUAUGAUGAGCUCGCGGCCAAGACCCCGUUCCUCCCAUUCCCGGACUCUGUUCUGCCUGCUCUGGUCGCGCUCCGCAAGACUCAUCAGACCGUCGAGGAGACUAAAGCUUACCUGGGAGUCCAUGCAGAGUCGGUUGAGAGAGCUAGGCGGCGGCUCGAGGUGGAGCAAGCAAAUCUGAGGGACCAGACCGCACUGUCACAAAGCCUCCAGGGUCGUAUUCAGACAUUACGUGACGGUCUGGAGAGUCGGAUGGAGUUGGGGCCGGAUGACAUUGCACGAGAGCGCAUAGCCGAGCUGAAGCGCAAGAAGAAAAGCUACGACAAGGAGACGUCGAAGCUGUUGAAAGCCCUGCGGAACUUUAUAGACGACCGGCUUGCAUCUAUGCUGGCCGCAGAAGACAUGGGGGGGCCGGUGGUCGGCGGUAUGAUGGACAUCGACACCGACGACUUGGCAGCGGGAUUCAGCUCCCAGGGCCGCCUCAAGAAGGCCAAACCGAGUUCAGACGAGGACAAAAGACAGCGGCGCAUCGAUGAAAUCUGGGGCCAGAGUCAAGAGCCUCAGUCUCUGCAGAGUGACGCCGAGUCCCGCGACGAAGCAGCAGCCGCCGGAGCGGAGAUGAAGGAUCUUACAGAAGAACUACUCAACAGCCUCGUGGCCGCCGACGGGGACAGCUCUGCGGCCUACGUCCAUCUAAGCAAAGAGACGGCAGCCGCAAGAUUUCUCGUCCGCUCCAAGGUUGCGCAGUUUCACCCCAGAGAUGCAACCAAGCUUAGGCUCAUAGACUUUGGCAGAGAUCUGGACGAAUAA